AACAUUCGGGGCUUCUGUAAACUGUAAACACCAAGUGCUAAACAUCUGCACCAUGUGUAUUUAAGCAUGUGGUUCUGAAGAACAAGAAAGGCAUUGACUUGAAGUUCCUGCUUUGGUCAGAGUACAUACAGGCAGAAUUAAUCUCGCACAAUGGAGAAUGUGUCAGAGUUGUUACAACAGUUGAACCAACUCCACUUGGCGGAGAAGUCAGCGGUACAGAUUCAUAAAGCCGAGCCAGAUUAUGUGCUAGACUUUGCAGUGCAGUCCAGUGAGCCUGACCCUCUUGUAGCAGCCGUGUGCAGCAACUUCAAUAUUCGUCUCAUGUUGAGGAGUCGUCUAACUACCAAAACUAGCCUUUGUGGUCAUAAAAGUACAGUCACUGGAGUGACAUUUGGCAAAACAGACCCAAAUGUGGCGUUCUCAUGUUCCAAGGACAAGUCUGUGAGAUGUUGGGAUGUCAGGACGAAUUCUGAAACACAGAUUUUAAAAACUCCCCCUAACGUACAAGGUGACUUCCUGUCUGUGGAUGUGAGUCACUCGGACCAUCUGCUGUGUGCCGGCACUGAGAAGAUCAGCGAUGACGCUUUCUUGCUCUUUUGGGACUUGAGAAAAAGGGCAGUGCUUGGAUGUUAUAAUGAAUGCCAUGAUGAUGACAUUACUCAGGUGUCUUUCAAGCCAGGCAGUGAUCAGUAUCUAGCAUCGGGGUCUUCCGACGGCCUCGUGUGCACGUUUGACCUGUCAGAGACUUCUGAAGAAGAUGCUUUACAGGUCACAUCCAAUGCGUCAUCCGAUGUUGCUCGUGUUGGUUGGUGCGGAGAAGACGACAGCUGUGUUUACUGUGUCACCUCCGACAACAUGUUCUAUGUGUGGGAUGCACUGGAGGGAGAUGAAUUAAGUGCAAUAGAGGAUCUCCAAAGUGUUCUAGGGGAAGCGAGUCCUGUCCAGUAUUUAGUGGACUGUAUACCAGAGCUGACUGCAGUAACAGACAAGUCAUCGGCGCUUACAGUUGGUGGCACUCACAGUGGUGAUGUCCAGCUGAUAUCUCAUUCCUCGUCUGGGUCACACAUCUCAGCUACAUUGUCUGGUGGUCACUCAGCGACGAUUCGAUGUUCUCAUUGGGACAAUAAGAGCAAGACACUCCUUACCGGUGCCGAGGACUCUCUCCUGUGUCUGUGGUCUAUGGAUGCUGAUGCUUCGUUCUCAGCAAAUACAAAAGAGAAAGCUGCUAAUAAGAUGAGAGGCAAGGCGAGUGUCACGGGAGAUGGUCGCAAACCUUACAACAAAGGAAGGAAGAAAAAGUGAAGAGACUGCCAUGUACUGCUACUGUUGUGAAUGAGCAUGAUUUUUAAUAAAAGUGUUUACAGUAUCAUAUUC